CCAACUUUUGUUCAGUUAUUUUUUUGCCAGGUGUCUCUACUGCAUUAUUAUGCCAGCAGUCAGUGCUUUGGACUUCCACCGGCAAGACGUCCAGAUGGCUAUGAAGAGGAGAUAUGUGAAGCGUCUAAUACGCAAAAUAGUCCUUCUUGUGGUGGCCAUCACCAGUGUUUCCCUGGUCACCACAUUGAUAGUGGAGCGGCGAAUGAAACGGAAUGCGGACUUAGAGGAACAACUCGAUGGAAAUGGAGAUCCCGUGACUCCAGUUUUUAGGGCAGCCAAUAUACAGCCACCACGAAAGGCUCCACGGCCUCCAUAUCAGGAUCGCAACUCUGUAAGAGAUGUGCCCCAAGGUGAGAAGAUUGUGGGUUUCCGGCUGCCGGAACCGGAAGGCGAACGCAAGGACUGGCACGAUUAUGCCGCCAUGGAGGCGGAUAAGAAAAGAACUGGUUUUGGAGAGAACGGAAUGCCAGCAUUCAUAGAUGACCUCAGUGAAAAGGAGCUGGAGGCGGAGAUGUCCCUUAAGAAUGGCUUUAAUGGCCUCAUUUCGGAUCGCAUCUCCAUCAACCGAUCUGUGCCGGAUGUCAGACUUGAGGCCUGCCGAACCCGUAAAUACCUGGCAAAGUUACCCAAUGUCAGUGUGAUUUUCAUAUUCUUCAAUGAGCAUUUCAGUGUCUUGCUGCGAUCCAUGUAUAGUGUGAUAAAUCGCACUCCACCGGAGUUACUCAAGCAAAUUGUCCUCGUGGACGAUGGCAGUGAGUGGCAAGCCUUGAAAGAACCAUUGGAUGAACAUGUAGCUCAGCACUUUCCACAUCUGGUGACUAUAGUAAGAAAUCCGGAGAGAAAAGGUCUGAUUGCAGCGAGGAUUGCAGGAGCAAAAGUGGCAACCGGGGAAGUUAUGGUCUUCUUUGACUCCCACAUCGAAGUUAACUACAAUUGGCUUCCUCCUCUGGUCGAACCCAUUGCCAUCAAUUCCAAGAUCUCGACUUGCCCCAUUGUUGAUGUUAUUUCGCAUACGGAUUUUUCCUAUGCGGGAGGAUAUCAGAGUGGAGCUCGUGGGGGUUUUGAUUGGAAAAUGCUGUACAAACAACUGCCUGUUUUGCCUGAGGACUCCGUGGACCCUUCGUUGCCCUUUCGCAGUCCCGUGAUGAUGGGCGGUCUGUUUGCCAUCAACUCGGACUACUUCUGGGAUCUGGGUGGCUACGACGAUGAGCUGGACAUCUGGGGCGGCGAACAGUACGAGCUGAGCUUCAAGAUCUGGAUGUGCGGCGGCAUGCUGCUGGACGUUCCCUGCUCCAGGGUGGCCCACAUCUUCCGAGGACCCAUGAAACCGAGAAGCAACCCAAGGGGCGACAACUUUGUAGCCAAGAACCACAAACGCGUGGCGGAGGUUUGGAUGGAUGAGUACAAGCAGUAUGUGUACUCCCGUGAUCCGAUCUACGCGAAAGUGGAUGCGGGAAAUCUGACCCGCCAGCACGGAAUCAGGCAGCGGUUGAAGUGCAAGAGUUUCCACUGGUUCAUGACAGAGGUGGCACCGGAUUUCCUGGCAAAAUUCCCGCCGGUGGAGCCACCAACCUAUGCCUCUGGGGUCAUUCAAAACGUGGCCAAUCCGAUCUACUGCCUGGAUAGUAUGGGCUUGGGCGUCGACAAGCCGGUGGGAAUGUUCAGUUGUGCGGAAAACAAAACGCAUCCGCAACCCAAUCAGUUUUGGGACCUGGGCAUCCAUCGCGAUCUGAAGAUGAGGGAAUACGAUUCGGUGUGUCUAGAUGUGCAGAAUCAGCCGCCAAAUGCCACUGUUUGGAUGUGGAGUUGUCACGGUCAGGGUGGCAAUCAGUUUUGGUACUACGAUCGCAGUAAUCAGUGGUUGGUUCACUUCAAAAACAGCAACAUCUGCAUGGAGGGAUUCGUGGAGGAUGGCAAUGCCAAGGUGGUCACCAAUUUCUGCGAUCAGAACAAUCCGCGACAGCGCUGGCAAUUCGGAUUCGUGAACAACACCAUGCUGGACAAGUUCUACGAUUUGCAGUAGUCAUUUGUCGAGCGAACCACACCCAUUUGAGUAAACUACAGCCACAUGUUGAUCGCUUCAGUUCGGGGACCUCCUCGAACGUCACGGGUUUUUAUUUUAUUUUAGUUCAUUGAUCGUUGUGAAGGUUCCAUUUUAGCAACACAAAAAGAAAACGUUCACCAAGUAAAUUCCAUCUUUCCAUUAA